AUGUUGCCUCCACCGGCUCGGUGCAAUGUCAGGCGAGAAACGCAUCGCAUUCGCGCACAAGGCGCUCUCGGCCCACCUUUUUCACCGGCACGUCCCCCGCACGGGCCCGACGUUUGUUUCGCGCCCCGCGCGCCGAGGUUCGGCCCCCCACAUCGCCUGCACCUCGGACGCCCGCGCUCGCACCGGCUCAUCGUCGACGCGCGGCCGCGUUGCUCCGCAGACAGCAACCCUGCCAGCUUGGCACUCUGUAGCGACCCACACGCCAUGGCAAACAUCGAAGACAUCGUACAAGGCGUGAGACGCAAGCUCAUGCUAGCAGAGACCGACUCCGAGCGCGAGCGCCUGGGCCUCGCGGUCGCAGCCCUCGACACCGCGCCUCCGGAGCAGGGCGGCGGCGACGCAGCGCGCGACCACGCCGCCAAGGCCGGCCUCGCGCUCCAGCUGCGCAAACAGCUCGACGCCGCCGGGACCGACCGCGCGCGCGCCCAGCUCGGCCUCGCCGUGGGCAACCUCGUGGCGGGGACCACGGGCUUUGGCCCAAAGAGCGCCGACGUGCUGGACAGGGUCAAGAGCGCCGGGCUGGUGCAGGCGGUGGUCCGGCAGCUGGAGAAGGCUGGGACGGACGAGGCGCGCGCGCUCCUCGGCGCCGCGCUGCGGAAGCUGCUCGAGGGCGUCGGCGAGGUGCAGGCGCGCUGGGAGGCCGCGUGGGGGUGUGGUGCGGUGGCGACGCUGCGCAUGCAGCUGGACGCGUCGGCGGCGGACGGCGCCGCGGAGGCGCUGGGCGCUGCGAUCGAGGCGCUGCUGGGGCCCGUCGCGGGCGAGUCGGGCCGGGCGCAGGACGAGGCUGUGCGGGCGGGGAUGGCGCUGGCGCUGCGGGGGCGGCUGGAGGCGGCGACGACGGACGGGGCGCGGCAGAUGCUCGGCGCGGCGGUCGGCGCGCUGCUCGCGGACGUCGGGCCCGGGGCGAACGCGCGGCGGGAGGAGGCGGCGCGCGUCGGCAUGGUGACGACGCUCGUGCGGCAGCUGGCGCAGUGCGGCUCGGAGGCGGCGCGCGAGGGCGUGGCGUCGGGGCUCGCGGGGAUCCUCGAGGGCUUCGGCACGGGGCUGCCUCGCCGGAUCGAGCGGGCGUGCCGCGCCGGGGCGAACGCGGCCGUGCGCGCCGCGAUGGGGCUCUCCGAGGGCGCCGGCGCGACGCAGCAGCUCGCGCGGUGCAUGGCGGCGCUGCUCACGCCGGGCGGCCGCGACGGGACGGCGCGGCGCGUGGCGUUCGCGCAGGAGGGCGCGGCGGACGCGCUCGCGGAGGGGCUGCGUUGCGCGUCGACCAACGGCGCCCGGCGGGAGCUCGCGCGCGCGUCGAUGCAGCUCUUCUACUUCCCCGAGGGCGACGUGCCCGCGGACGUCCUCGGCGCCGAGGAGGCGCUCGCGGCGUCGCUGUACGUGCGCUCGUGCGAGGCGUGCGGCCUGAUGACGCUGCAGCUCUCGCGCACGUCCUCCGACGGCGCGCGCGAGGCGCUCUGCGACGCGAUCACCGAAGCGCUGGCCACGGACGACCCCGAGGUCGACGGCCGCGGCGAGGCGGCGUGGUCCGCCGGCGCCGCCGACGCCCUGUGCAAGCAGCUCGACGCCGCGCGCUCGGAGCCCGCGCGCCUCGCGGUCCUGCGCACGCUCGGCGCGCUCGUCCGGCCCGGGCCGCACGCGGGCGACCGCUGCGACGAGGCGGCGGCCGCGGGGAUCUUCGUGGCGAUCCGCGACGCGGUGGAGGCCGCGGAGACUGACGAGGGCGUGGAGACGGCGGCCGAGGUGACGGCGGUCCUGCUCGUCGGGCCGCGCGGGGGGCACGGCGGGCGUCGCGGCGGGGACGCGAAGGCGCGGCGCGCGGACGCGGCACGCGCGGGCGUCGGGACGGCGCUGCUGGCGCAGGUGAAGCAGGUCCGGGACGCGCACUCGCGGGAAGUGGUCGACUUGGCUGUGGGGAUGGUGAUGGGCCUGCGGACGUAG